AUGAGGAACAAUCUCGUCAUCUGGCUCACAGGCUGGGACUUCAAAACAUACAAUAAUUUCCAUCGCUGGGUAGCCCGGAUAGCCACAUUGGAAGCCGUAAUCCACUCUAUCGGCUAUACUCUGCUCAUUCUCCGCAGAGGCGGUUGGGAUUACUUUUGGCGAAUGUGUAACUUGACCUAUUGGUGGACUGGUGAAUUGGCCACAAUACUUAUGUGCUUGCUUGUUGGUUCAUCCGUCUUCUGGUUUCGGCGUCGACAAUACGAGCUCUUUCUUGUACUUCACAUUGCCCUGUCAGCCUUGAUACUCAUGACAAUGCUAGGGCAUGUUUCGAUUUUCAAAGGCGAUUAUGAUCCUCUUGUAUGGGUCCCGGCCAUGAUAUGGCUGGUAGACCGUGUCAUUCGCGGGGCUCGGAUCGUGGCCUUCAGCCCAUCGUUCUGGAACGCAUGUGCUCUGGUCACCUACAACGAGGAUGCUCACAUGAUUCGAGUCGUCGUCCCAAUUCCCUCGAGUCUUUAUACCAUUGAACCCGGCACGUUUUACUAUCUCAUGGUACUGAAUAAGUGGAAUUUUUGGGAGAGCCAUCCGUUCACCGUGGCGUCAGUAUCUGAGUCAGCUCAAUGCGGCGAGUCGUUGGGGGAGAGGUCACCUCUUUUAGACCACAGGGCAGAUUCUUCCGAGGGCACCAGAACCAGAACAAUUAGGUCCGGGCGGGAAAUGACUUUUUUGAUUCGACCAUACGACAGCUUCACCUCGCGGCUUAAGGACUACGCCGAGACCGAGAAAUCAAAGUCAGCCACAGUACUUGUGGCGAUUGACGGCCCGUACGGAAAGUCCCUCCCUCUGGAGCGGUUCAGCAAGGUGCUGUUUGUGGUUGGAGGCAGUGGGAUUGCGGUACCACUCUCAUACCUCAAGAAACUCACAACGUCUUGUUCCCGACCAAAGCUGAUCGAAAUUCACUGGGCAGUUCGCCAGUUGGGAUUGGCAGUCGACAUACUCACUCACGAGUUGAAGAACGUCUCAGAAUAUGGGCAGGUGAAGAUUCACGUCUAUAUGACUACCAUGGACAGUAGAAGGAUCGGGGAUCAGGCCACACAUCGCCUCGCGGAGUGGAAAUUUUACAGGUUAAACGUUGAAAAAGUCAUCCACGCCAUAUUAAAUACCGGAGAGAAGGGUAGUUUGGCAGUAGUCGCAAGUGGUCCAGGGAGGAUGGCCGAUGAAAGUAGACGCGCGGUCGCAGCCAGGAUGGUAGCUUCUGAGCCCCGCAUAGAAUACUUCGAGGAGAGCUUUCAGUGGUGA